AUGACGGCUGUGCAAGACGGAUUCAACUCACGGGAAGCAUCAAGAUACAACUGCGCGAUUAUGACCGAGGUCAUGACGCCAGUGCCGGCGCAAGCAUCCGAGCAGAAGCCUGCUGAAGCUCAACAACCACAAUACACCUUCAAGUUCUCCGAAUUUCUACGGCGUGAAUAUCGCUUUGGUCUAAACCCCGAUCGCCCAACAUGUAAAGCAUAUCUGCAAGGACAUUGUCCAGAUGGCAACCGAUGUCCCAAUAAGCACAACGUCACGUCAUCCUACAACAAUCUCGUAUGCAAACAUUGGCUGCGAGGCCUCUGCAAAAAGGGCGAGACAUGCGAGUUCCUUCACGAAUACAACCUGCGACGAAUGCCCGAAUGUUCCUACUACGCCCGAACCCAGACAUGCUCCAACGGCGACGACUGUCUCUACCUCCACAUCGACCCCGAAGCCAAGCGACCUUCAUGCCCACACUACGACCGAGGCUUCUGUCCACUCGGCCCGCAUUGCUCGCUAAAGCACAACAAAAAGGACAAGCUAUGUCCAUUCUACCUAUGCGGUUUCUGUCCAGAAGGCAAAGGCUGCAAAUAUGGAGCACAUCCGCGAUACCCCACAGAUCUCAAGAAACCCGAGGUACGUGUUGAGAAGAGCCCCGAAGAGCUCGAGGCGGAGAAACUGGAACGCGAGCGUGAGAUGAUGAGGAGAGAGGAGGAGGAGCGCGAGCGGGAUGAGAGGAAUGGCCAUCAAGGCGGUCGCGGAUUUAGGGGUAACUGGGACCGCAAGAAGCGUGGAAGGGGAAGAGGACGAGGUGGUCGUGGACGAGGAGACUUUUGA